CUUGACGUUCGCCCUUCCCAUCUUUCAUCAUCACUAUACACAACAGCGCAGCAUCAGUAUUGCCUGGGAAUCCAGAUAAACGACCCCUCUAUACGUGUGGAAAUAUGUAACAAUAACGAGAACAUAUUUAAUCGAAGACACACUGACAGCACAAAGCUGCUGUAUAGUACCAUGGGUGGCCAUGAUGAUGAUGAUGAUGAUAUGUCUUAUCAUGUAGCCAACAACCAUCAUCAAGAUGAAGUGCUAAAAAACAAAUUGAAUGACAGUGGCCUUUGGAGUGACCAAGAAUCCACUGGCGGUAACAAUGCUAAGUGGGUCAAGGAGGGCCAGAACCAGCUGAGGAAAGUUGCUGAGAAACAUCAGGACCAGAAUGGGAACCAAGAGGACUUCUCCCCUCAUAACACCACUGAGGAGGAGCAGAGGAACGAGGAGCAGACCAAAUCUCCCAAGACCGCCAAGACCAUCCUCAAGGAGCCAGUACUCAUUGAUACUCUACUGUCUGCCGAGGAUAAAGAGGGUGAGGGCGAAGAACAUGACAAAGAAAAGGAAGAUCCAUCUGAGGCAGAUGAAGAGGCCUGCAGUUUUAAAGAGGAAGAGAGGGAGUCCGAACAGAGUAAUGUGGAGGCUGAAAGAGAGGGAGGUGAGGUGGCUAGAAAUCCCUGUCUGCUGUUUUCUAAUGUGAAUGGAACACCAAGUGAUGAAGACACCAACUGGCCUGCACUGUCUCAGGAAAGCGCUGCUGAAAUCCCUCCAAAUGGAAACAAAGAGUCCUUCUGGGACUCUGAGGCCUUUGAGGCGGACACAGACCUGCCCUCUGGGUGGAUGCGGGUUCGAGACACUUCAGGCACCUACUACUGGCACAUCCCUACUGGCACUACUCAGUGGGAGCCCCCCUCCCCUCUGGACAAGGUGGGAGACUCUAUGAUGUCCUCCAGUAUGUCCCUGGAGACAACACCCUGUGAGGAAGAGCAGGAGGAAACAUGGGGAGACCUCUCUAACCCAGAUGAAGGGACAAGUGAUGGAGAGUUGUGGAAGGAGGGAGAGCUGGCUUCUGAUCAGAGCCUGAAGGAGUUUGAAGGGGCAACCCUGCGCUAUGCAUCCAUCAACCUGAACUGUUCCCAAUCUGAGGAAGAGGAGAACCUUGAUCCCCAUGGCACUGACUUGGAGGCUAAGUAUUUUGCUGUGCGCUCUCUGGGCUGGGUGGAGAUGUCUGAAGAGGACAUGGCACCAGCGAAGAGCAGCGUGGCUGUCAACAACUGCAUUAGACAGCUGUCCUACCAUAAACACAACCUCCACGACACUGCUGGCAUCUGGGGAGAGGGUAAGGACAUGCUGAUGGUCCUGGAGAAUGACACUAUGAAUCUGAUCGACCCACUAGGCCAGACUCUGCUGCACUCCCAGCCUAUUGCCAGCAUCCGCGUGUGGGGUGUGGGCCGAGACAACGGCAGAGACUUUGCUUAUGUAGCGCGAGACAACCUGACCCAGGUACUCAAGUGUCACGUGUUCCGCUGUGACUCACCUGCCAAGAACAUCGCCACCAGUCUGCAUGAGAUGUGCUCCAGGAUAAUGACGGAGAGGAAACUAUCCAAGCCAUUUCUGAGCAGGUACAAUUCUGACCAGUGCAAAGCCAUGGAGAUUCCUACUCAAGAGUUUCCCGUUCCAAAAAAUGAGCAUUUCCAACGUUUCCUUGUGUAUUACCUUGGUAACGUACCUGUGACCAAGCCUGUAGGUAAGGGACGCAUGGGUGUGGACACAAUCAAUGAUGCUUUGGAGGCUGCAAUGAACAGCACAAGGAAGCAGGAUUGGACCCCCGUCUCUGUCAACGUGGCCCCUGCCACUCUCACCAUCCUCACCAGAGAGACUGAGGAGGUGAUGUCAGAGUGCCGGGUGCGGUUCCUGUCUUUCAUGGGUGUGGGAAAGGACAUCCACACCUUUGCCUUCAUCAUGGCCAAGGGCCCCGGGGACUUCAUCUGUCACAUGUUCUGGUGUGAGCCCAACGCUGCCAGCCUGAGUGAGGCGGUGCAGGCCGCCUGCAUGCUGCGCUACCAGAAGUGUCUGGACGCGAGGCCUCCCAGCCUGGGCUCCUGCUUGCCCACUCCGCCUGCUGACUCCAUGGCCCGCCGGGUCAGGAUGGGGGUCCAGAGUCUGCUGGGAAGCUUCAAGCAGUACAGGUCAGGGUCCCAUUCCCCCUGAGCAGAAGAGAGAAGAUCUCCCCACCAACACUAACCCAUCACAGCAGCUCCAGCUCACUCCUCCACUCCUCUCUCCUCUUUCUCUCUCGCUUUCUGCCAUUUCUGUCGGCCUUACACUCCUUUUGGCCUUCCUUAGAGAUAGUCCUUUCAUUAGUGCAUGGAGUUAUAUGUAACUGAGGAAAUGCUUACUUACUAAUGCUUACUUACUAGUGUUUUUCUAUACAUCUACUGUAUAACUCUCCUUUAGCUUUGUACUCAAACUGAAUGAGCCCUGACAACAGCCCAUUGUUUGUUCUGUUUUUGGGAUUUAAUCUGUUUGUCACUAUUUUUGUGUUUUAGCAGAAACCAUGUCUGGCAGGAAGCGUUCAUAUUAUGGGAUGUAACUACAUGUUACUUCACUGUAGGAAGCUAGGAGGAUUCUACACAGAAAUACAUCUAAUUUCUUUGCAACUAUGGUUGAGUCAUGGGGCCGUGCUCUUCCCCAAACAGUAACAGCACCUCUUUUAGAGUCAUGGGGCCGUGCUCUUCCCCAAACAGUAACAGCACCUCUUUUAGAGGGGCCGUGCUCUUCCCCAAACAGUAAC